AUGAUUUCAUUAAGAUCUAAAAUGCCUGAGUACUCGAACUCUAUAUUGAGGAACUAAAUUAUAAAAGAAUAAGAAGUAGAUAAAUGGGAUUAAAACAAAGGGAGACUUGUUAAGACUAAAAUUCAAAUUACAAUUACAUAAGAGAAUUACAUCAUCUACUCAUCUAAAGAAGGUGUAAUUUUGAGACAGUAUAUGAGGAUUUGUUAUUUUUAUAAAGGGAAUUAAAUUAAGACAAUUAUAUAAAUUCAGAAGUUUUGAAUAAUAUGGAAUAGAUUAUACAUCUUAAAUGGCAUGGUGAAUAUGGACAGAAUUAAAGAAAAUUAGGCAAAUGGGUAGCCACUUGGAGUGGGGAAGCUCUUUAAAAUGUUGGAGGAUACUACAAAGAUGGUUUAAAGGAAGCUUUAUGGAAGGAGCCAAUUAAGAAUUAUUAGAGGUAUACAAAUUUAAAAAAUCUUUAUGUAGUAACGCUUAAGUAUUUGAAAGUGGAGGAUAUUUUCAUAAUUAAAAAUAUGGUCGAUGGAAUUUCAUUUAAAAUAACGAAACUAUGUAUUAUGAUUUAUCAUCGAUAUAGAGGAGGUGGAUCAUACAAUCAGCAAGCUUAGAAAAAUGGUAAAUGGACUGAAUUGUAGGAAGGUUUUUCAGAUGAUUUAUAAGUAACUUGGAAAGGUGAGUACAAAAUUGGUAUAAAAGUUGGUAUAUGGGAUAUUUUGUAUGAAAAUUCAAAAAUGUAAAAAUAAUCUAUAAAAAAACUUAUGAUAAAAAUUAACAUAUGUGUGUAAUAGUGGUGGUGGAUCAUUUGGAGAUGGUUAAGGAAUUAAGUAGGGCAAUUGGGUGGAAAUAUGGAAGGGAUUUUAUUAUUUCAGUUAAGUAACUGAAAAUGGUGAAUAUAAGAAUGGCAAAAAAUUUGGGAGAUGGGAUAUUUGGUAUAAGGAUAUAGAGAAUAAUACAAUUACAAAGAUGUAAAAAAAUCAUAAUAAAAAUGCUGUUAUUUUUUAAGUGGAGGUGGAUCAUAUGAUGAAGGAGGCAAUAAGUCAGCUAAUUGGGUGGAAAUAUUAGAUGGUUUUUGCGAAGAUUCUUAAGUAAUUUAUCAUGGUGAAUAUUAAAAUGGGAAAAAAAUUGGUAAAUGGGAUAUUUGGUAUAAGAAGGAGUAUGGAGAUUUAGAAAAUACAAGAAUGUAAAAAAUAAUAUAUAAAAAGUGUAUAACUAUACAAAAAUAUGUGUGCUUUGAAGUGGUGGUGGAUCAUAUGAUGAAUAAGGCAAUAAGUAAGGUAGUUGGGUUGAAUUAACGGAUGGUUUUUGUGAAGAUUCUUAAGUAAUUUAGGAUGGGAAAUAUAAAAAUGGAAAAAAAGUUUGGUAGAUGGGAUAUAUGGUAUAAGGAUAUAGAAAGUAAUAAAAUUACAAAGAUGUAAAAAUAUGAUAUAAAGCGCUCAAAAUAAUAAUCAAUGUGUUUGAAAAGUGGUGAUGCAUCAUAUGACGAGCUAGGUUAAGAGACAAAAUUGGGAAAUUGGGCGAAAGUUUCGGAAGGUUUUAAUAAUGAUUCUUAAAUAACUAAGAAAGGUGAAUAUAAAAUUGCUCAAAAUUUUGAUAUUUGGAUGAUUAGAGAAAAAAAAGUAAAAGAAAUAGAUUACGAAAAAUGA